AUGACAGAACGAUCCAUGAAGAAUCAGGGCCCGAAGCAUAUCCGGACCAGUGGGGCAUGCAAGGCCUGUAGGUCCAGGAAGCAAAAGUGCAGUGGAGAUCGCCCUCAGUGUGUUCGAUGCCGCAUCAACGAAGUUCAGUGUCAAUGGCCUCAGCCGCAGAAGCGCGGUCCUCCAAAACAUUACACGGCCAUUAUUGAGAAGCGUCUGAUCGAAACUGAAGCCAUUUUACUCGCUCUGAUGUCGCAAGUAUCAGAUGAACAGCUCAUGUCUGCCUACAACCAUCUACAGCAAGACAAGCAGUCAAGUGCAAACCUCGGCGUGCCCUCUAAUUCCGGAAACAGACAUGAACUGACCCGAAAGGACAAAUUUGGGCCCGUAUAUUGGAGCAACUACACGCUCAGCUCGGCUCAAGAUGCCAGACGUUGGUGGGCGGAUCGGGUGUCGGCUGCCGAGCAUGGGACCCCAUCUAGGCAAUAUGAGGACAUUGAGCCUGCGUUGAGAGAAACAAACGUCACUAGCGAGAGUGAGACGACUACUAUUCAAGAUGCAGAUACAUCAGUACUCAUGUCGAAUGAGCUGAGUCCUGGUGUUGAGUCUCCGAUCGCUCCCCGGCUGUCUGUCGAGCAACAAGAUGAUUGUGAUGCCAGAGUCAAUGAGGGCUUGAGUGCAGAGUCUACCUCAUCAAUGAAUCGAGAUGAAGGGACAAGCCAUUCUCAAAUGACGCAUCUAGAGCAAACGCCAACAUGGAGUACUGGAUAUCAAAAUUCCAGAGACAUGGGAGGGUAUGAGAGUGCCUACCUAUGGUGA